GAAAGGUGAAAAGUUCAAGUUUACUUCGGACAGUUCUGUGUUACAUCAUCCAUUAUAAGGAACACAUAUUGAAGGAGCCAUGGCGUACUACUCUACAAGGCUGAAGACCAGACAAACCUAUUCAUGGGUUGGCAGGCCGUUGCUGGAUCGAAAACUACAGUACCAAACCUACAAAGAAAUGAGUGUGAAAAUAGAAGGUUGUUCAACUGAGAUUCACUUCCAAGUUGGACAGUUCGUGUUGAUUGAAGGGGAUGAUGAUGAAAAUCCAUAUGUUGCUAAAUUGGUUGAGUUGUUUGAAGAUGGUUCUGAACCUUAUUCCAGGAAACGUGCUCGAGUACAGUGGUUUAUCCGAUUCUGUGAAGUCCCUGUCUGUAAACAGCAUUUGCUGGGCCGGAAGCCUGCUGCCCAGGAGAUAUUCUGGUACGAUUAUCCUGCCUGUGACAGCAACAUUAAUGCCGAGACCAUCAUUGGCCCUGUGCAGGUAGUAGCUUUAGCCCCAGAUGCAGUGAUACCUACGGAUCUGAAAAAUGAGAAGACACUCUUUGUGAAACUAUCUUGGAAUGAGAAAAAGUUCAGACCACUAUCCCCAGAACUAUUUGCAGAAUUCGAAAAGCUACAAGAAGGCAGCCCUAGAUGCCAGAAGCCUGUGGAAGCCAAGACUAAGAGCAUAGAAAGCCCUUCUUGGACCACAGCAGAGCAUGCGGUCAAAAGGAUUGAAUCGAGGCACUCCACCUCCAAAUCUCGCCCAACGCCUACCCAUCCUGUCACCCCAAGGGCAAGGAAGAGGCUGGAGCUCGGCAGUUCCCCUAGGACACCUAACACUAGGAUUUCCCAGCAGACUUCACGGGCCUCGCUGGAUUCUCCCAAAAGAACUAAACGGAAAGUGGCCUUCUCUGAAAUCACCUCACCUUUUAAGAGGUCUCAGCCUGAUGGACUUCAGACCCAGUCUCCAGCUCUGAAAGCCCCAGAGAAAACUACAGAGAUUCAACGACGCUCUUGUGCCAAGGAUAACAAGAAAGCUUCACCUGAACGCCACAUGACCCUGAGAACCCGAGUCCCAGCUUUGAAAACCACAGUGAUUAGUGAGGGAAAAAGACUUACCCCUAUCAGGGGGGGACAGAGCUCCUCGGUGGUGCCUUCUGUGAUUCUGAAACCAGAAAUCGUCAAAAAGAGGGAGGCCAAAGAACCGGAAGCUCAGGAUGAAGCUGCCUCUACUCCCCGUCGUACCCACAGGAAGAGUUCCCUCUUGACUUUGAAUCGGAUUAGGCAGCAACUUUGGUUUUUAGGUAAUAGUAAAAGUGACCAAGACGAUGAAGAGUUUCUGCCAGCAGCAGAGAUUUCAGACUCUAGCAGUGAGGAGGAAGAGGCUUCCACACCACCCCUUCCAAGGAGAACACCCAGUAGUGUGUCCAGGAACCUCUGUUCUUCCACGACGUCAUCCCUACAGACCCCCUCCAAGACACCAAAGAAAACUCCUGAGUCUAGAAUGCCAUAUCAUGCCACUCCACGGAUCCGUAGCCGCAACAUGGCUGCCCAGGAGCCGACCAGUGUGUUGGAGGAGGCCCGGCUGAGGCUGCAUGUUUCUGCGGUACCUGAGUCUCUUCCCUGUCGGGAACAAGAAUUCCGAGACAUCUACAACUUUGUGGAAAGCAAACUCCUUGACCGGACUGGAGGGUGCAUGUACAUCUCCGGGGUCCCUGGGACAGGGAAGACUGCUACUGUGCACGAGGUGAUACGUGGCCUGCAGCAGGCCACCCAAGCAAAUGAUGUUCCUCCCUUUCAAUACAUUGAGGUCAAUGGCAUGAAGCUGACAGAGCCCCACCAAGUCUAUGUGCAAAUCUUUCAGAAGCUGACAGGCCAAAAGGCAACAGCUAACCAUGCAGCAGAACUGCUAGCAAAGCGAUUCCGCACCCAAGGGUCCUCUCAGGAAACCACUGUGCUGCUUGUGGAUGAGCUCGACCUUCUGUGGACUCAGAAACAAGACGUAAUGUACAAUCUCUUUGACUGGCCCACUCACAAGGAGGCCCGGCUUGUGGUCUUGACGAUUGCCAACACUAUGGACCUGCCAGAGCGCAUCAUGAUGAACCGGGUGUCGAGCCGACUGGGUCUUACCAGGAUGUCCUUCCAGCCCUAUACUCACAGCCAACUGCAACAGAUCCUAGUGUCCCGACUCAAACAUUUAAAGGCCUUUGAGGAUGACGCCAUCCAGUUGGUAGCCAGGAAGGUAGCAGCCCUCUCUGGAGAUGCACGACGCUGCCUGGACAUUUGUAGACGUGCCACAGAGAUCUGUGAGUUCUCCCACCAGAAGCCCGGCUCCCCUGGCCUGGUCACUGUAGCCCACUUACUGGAUGCAGUAGAUGAGAUGUUUUCAUCGUCGUACAUCACUGCCAUCAAAAAUUCCUCCGUUCUGGAACAGAGCUUCCUAAGAGCCAUCCUUGCAGAGUUCCGUCGAUCAGGACUGGAGGAAGCAACAUUUCAACAGGUGUACAGUCAACACGUGGCACUGUGCAGGAUGGAGGGACUCCCGUACCCCACCAUGUCAGAGACCAUGGCCGUGUGCUCUCACCUGGGCUCCUGCCGCCUCCUCCUCGUGGAGCCCAGCAGGAACGACCUGCUCCUUCGUGUGCGGCUCAACGUCAGCCAGGAUGAUGUGCUCUAUGCUCUAAAAGAAGAGUGAAGGCUUCAUGAGGAAGGACUGCUGGGGUGUUUGGAAAAAGACGGUGAACCCCCACGCCCAUCUCCCGAGACUCCAGUUACACAGGACGCUGACGAGGAAGGUGGCAAACAGAGAAGCCCCACCCCUAGGGCGGAGCCUGCGCCAGGCCCGCCCCCACGCCGAGAGGGGUCCGACGAGCGUGCGCCCAGGAGCCUCGAGCCGAGAGUGAGGAAGGAAGCUUGGCGGGGCAGUUGCAAAUGGACAAGGCCAGGGGGCGCACCUACUGCGUUUGCGCAAGCAGCGAAACACCCCGGAACAGCCUCGACGAGAUUUGCGCUACCUGCCGGAAGGCGCCUGCGCGCUGAGAACCGCACCCUUGGAGUCAACUGUUGGAGGGCCACGCCCUCUUCGCCCUGCGCAUGCGUGUGCCGCGCCGCACAGGCCAUGUAG